AUGCACUUCUGCAAUAUGCAGUUAGCGUAUAGCUAUAAGGCUGAUGCUUUGGACGAGUACAUGCAAAUGGCGCAAGAUACGGGGUACCAGUGUUUAGAUGCUUUCUGCAAGUGUGUGAUACACCUGUAUCAACAAGAGUACUUGAGAAGGCCAACAGAAGCAGAUAUCGAGCUGUUAACUACUAAACAUGAGCAGGUUCAUGGUUUUCCGGGGAUGCUUGGUAGCAUAGAUUGCAUGCAUUGGGGUGGAGGAACUGUCCGAUGGCAUGGCAAGGGCAUCUUUCAAGUGCCCGAUGGACCCAAAACCACCAAGUUCAAGAGGUACCAAGAAGCUGCAAGGAAGGAUGUGGAGCGAGCGUUUGGGGUUCUUCAAGGUCGUUGGCAGAUUGUUGAGCAACAAGCUCGGGCCUACAAUGUGAACAAGAUAAAACGUAUCAUGUUAUGUUGUGUCAUUCUGCACAACAUGAUCGUUGAAGAUAACGGGCGCGCAAUCACAGAGUUUGAAGAAGAGUUGAUAGCUAAUACUGUCCUCCCAACCCGCACGUGGGAUGAAAGGUGUUCAACGCAACUUCGUAUGUACAGGGAGGUGCGCGAUAGAAGGACUCAUCAUGGACUCCGCAAUGCUCUGGUUAAACAUGUCUGA